CAAAACAGUAGGCUAUUAUUUGCCUUUAUAUGAGGAGGAAUUGGCGAGGAUAACCGGCAGCAAGGAGAGCUGCUGUGAAAGAGGAGGAAGGAGAUGGAGUCUUUGCCUGUUCCGAGAGGAGUAACAACGAUCAAUAGGGGUGUGGCAGUGGAGAAGGCGAAGGUUGAAGGUGCUGGUGACAGAAGAGAUUUUGAUGUUGAAGCAGAAAUCUGGAACAGCAAUCCAUCAAAGCCAACCUCUCCCUGCAGCAGUCAGGAGGAUUAUACUGAAUUCAGUACCAAAGAGAAAAUAUUUCUGGAACCAAGUUCGACAAACUGCAAUCGCAGCAACCAAAUACAUUUCUUUGGAGUAGCAAAGCAAGAAGAAGUGAAGGAGACAUUUGAGCUUUCUUCUCAUCCUGAUGCUGAGGAUUCUGACCUCGUUUCUCUCAGCCUUGGAACAAGUGUAAGCUGCAGGCUCAGAGAAGAAGAGAAGGCAAAGGAUGUACACAGCCACUGCUACACGUUCUAUGGUGAACUUGAAGAAGGUCUCUCUCUUGGGUUGGACUGCAACUUGGAAGAAGCCAUUAGCAGGCAAGCCAAACCUCCACCAGCUGUAGAUCCAUACAACAGCUUCGAAGAAGUGUCACCCCUACCCACCGCCAAGAGAGCUAGGGUUUCAGUGAGAGCAAGAUGUGAUGGCCCAACAAUGAUUGAUGGAUGCCAAUGGAGGAAGUAUGGGCAGAAGAUAGCCAAAGGAAAUCCAUGUCCUCGUGCAUACUAUCGUUGCACUGUUUCACCAGGGUGCCCGGUGAGGAAGCAGGUGCAAAGAUGCGCUGACGAUAUGGCCAUACUGAUCACCACCUACGAAGGAACCCACAACCACCCACUUCCGGCCUCCGCCACCGCCAUGGCUUCGACGACGUCGGCAGCUGCAAGCAUGCUCAUCUCUGGUUCAUCCUUCUCAUCCUCUCCCACCAUUAGCAUGUCGCAGUUUUGCUCUCCGAAUCUUCCGUUCUAUUCCUCGACUUCCCGUCCUACGAUCACAUUGGAUCUCACUGCACCCGCGACUGCACCCCAACUCGAGCUCUCUCCGAGCUGCUCCUUGAACUCAAGCUACUCAUCAUGGAGCAGUGGAUGCACAAGCCACGGAGCUCAGCCGAAGACGACGACUAACGCAGCUCCAUCCCUCCCAAACCAACAACAUCAUUCACUGACACAAAUGAUUGCCGGGGCGAUUACAACCCACCCGAGCUUCCAGUCUGCAGUAGCAGCUGCAAUUGCAUCAUACCUAGGUGGAACUGGUGGCGACAGGGAAGGCUCAAUCCACGAUCUCCAACCACAAGAAAAAUUAGCCGCCACAGCUGCCUCGAUCAUGUCAAACUCCUCAAAUCCAGACCAGCGACAAUGAGACUCAGCUUAGGGAACUCUCAAAGAAGGCUCAAGAGGCAAAUACACUAGGUGAUCAGAACCGAACCAUCACUUAUAUUUUGUUCCAAGCUGUGUUCGUGGUGGCAACCAUGGCCCUUGCGGUUCCUUCAUGUCCUAUCAGAUACAUGCUAUCCUCCAAAUCUUCCAAGUAUCCAUGACCACAUGGAACGAUGAGAGCUUCAUUCUGUUGUCAUGCAUUGCCAGUCUACCAGGUGGAUUUUACAUAACUAUAGUAAAAAGGGGAUGAACAAAUCAACCAAGAAGAAGAAAUUUGAGAUGAACACAUCAACCAAGAACUAGAUCAAGUGGUGGAUCUAGUAAAAAGGGGAAGGUCCAUUGCAUGAGGCUCGCUUGAAUCUGGGGAGGGUCAGUAUCAUCGUAUUAAGUUUUACAGGCAAAAAGUGGUUUCCACAGUUUGUACUUUGUUCAGUCAUGUUACUGUACUAUAAGUAGUUUUGAUUACCAGAACAAUCUAGGAGUUGCU